AUGUCUCACGCGCAAUCAGCAACAAGGUUAGAGCGCGAAAAGAAGUUGAAGGCGGUUCUGACAUUCGCGUCAACUCUCAGCGAACGCAUCGAAACUGGUAACAAUGACGCGACGCUCAUCAGUGAACUCCAAACGCAGAUGCGCGGCCUCCCUCUCCAAGCCUCAUCUACCCUCACCGCGAAGCAAGAUGAACUCGAUAAACUAGGAACUGAGCUCUGGAACCAAGCUACACGCUUGCGCCGCAAAGACGAAUCUAACAUAGAUGCACAAUCCGAAGAUGUGACAGCGCACAAGUUUCACAUUCUGCCUUUUCUGCGUGCUUACGCGUUCAUGCUGCUCGAUUCAGCUGGCGGCCGGGGUCCGAAGGGGCGGCAAAGGAAGAACUGUAUUCGAUUGAUCAAGGUUGCCUUGAAGGCGGCCAGAGUAUGCAUUGAGGGGAAUGAACUGGGCGUUGCAACAAAAGUUCUUGAACGCGCCGCCGAUUACGAAGAUGUUCUGGGUAAGCGGGACGAAGGUGGGGAUGAGAGGGACGGGGAGCUUGCAGAUGGGUUCAGGGCGCAGUAUUUUGCUGUGCGUACAACUCUGGCAUGGCGUAGUGGUCGUGUGGACGUGGCAGAGCACAUGUUUAGGAAGUGUAAAGAGUUUAGGAAAAGCUUCAACGCUACCACGACUGAACAGCUUGUUGAUCUACUGUAUGAGAUUGGAAAAACCGCCCUGGCGAAGCGCGAUUACGAAGUUGCCGCGAGGUGGUUAGAACGCGCCUUUGAUGUCCUUGGAGAGCAGGAUCUGGACAUGUUCAGCCCCGAGAUUGGUGAGCUGAGACUUAGCAUCAUGCAGAGUCUUGUCAACGCAUACAUGAAGACCAAGACCGUGGAAACACAAGAGAAAGCAUGGCAAAUGAUGAGGUUGAUGGAAACAGACUUUGGAGACAAAAUGAUCGUCUCCUUGCUGAAGAUCGAACUCUUAUCCCAAGCUCAGAUUUUCGACACAACCGAAUUCCACAAUGUCCUUUUGCGCAUGAUACGCACCGUCGUGCUGAAUGACACAAAUUUCAAGACCAUCAUGCAUUACAUACACAAGCUGAAAGAUCACAGCAACACCACCGCCUGCAAAGCGCUCGAGGAUUUAAUCGACGUUCGGCUCUUUCGAGAAGAAAACCAAUCUUGGAUCGAAAAAGCUGUCAUCACACGUAUCUGGAUUGGAACAAACAACAAUCUCGCUGACAAUACGCUCGAGCAGCUCCAGGAGCUCUUCGAUACUGUCGACCAGAACUCGAAGAUUCGCCUUUCUGCUCCUGCCACACAUGCUGCGCAGACUUUGUUGUGGAAGAAAGUAGGGGCUGCAAUUAGCCAGGAACAAUAUCAUGUGGCUGAGGCGUGGUGCCGGAUGUGCCUCCAUGCUAUCUUCGAGAGAGCUGGGGUCCAAAAUAAAGCGAAAGUUGCGAGAAAAAUUAUACAGUGUGCACUGGCGACGCAUGACUAUGAGGGCGCGAGGGAAGUGCAUAACAAGAUGCCAGAGAGUGGCAAGGAUGAACCUGUGACGAGAUAUUUGAUGUAUAAGGCUGGUCUCCGAGGCGGGGAUGAAGACUUUGCGGCUGAAUGUCUCGAUCAUGUUUGUCGGGGUUCUGCGAAAGAUGCUACUCUGCUUUAUGCUUGUGUUAUGGAGGCUCAAAGUGCGGGGAACAAGAGGCAGGCCAUUCGUGCUCUGGAGAAGGUGCUUGAAAAGUACGAGCAUAAUGCGCUAGCAGAGAUCAAUCUUCCUGCGCUAUUGCGGUCUGCCACUCGUAUGCUAGAGUCUGCACUUAUCAAGGACGGCAAGAUUGACACCGGCGUUUUGAGACAGAUUUGCAGUGUCUUCGAAGGAGCAUGCCUUCAAGCUAAAGCGUCCCGUACGAGGCCGAGCACACCGGCUAAGGAAUUGUUUACAGCCGUGGAAUUUGAAUGGUUCUUCAAGAAUGCUUAUAACAUAUCGCUCAAGUACUGUGCGGAGAUGCCACCAGGGUCUCUGGUCAGGUUGCUGAGCUGCUGUAUCGAGUUCAUCAAACUGCUCAAGGGGAAGACCCAGCCAGAGGCAGACGGUGACCUCUGCCUCCGACUAGUGUUCUGCGAAUUCCUCGCUGCAUGCACCUACACCACUCUGGCACGCGCAGAGGAUAACACUGAGCAGAGCAUUCAUUACUACCUGGAGACCCGCAAACACAGUCAAGAAUUUCGACAAGCUGCAGCAGAAGGUAUAGACAAACUCAGUGGACCGUCUCAAGCCGACAUUAUUUCCAAACACCUCCAAGUUGUCAAGCUGGAGCUUGAAGCUGUGCUCAAGCUUCAAAGAUGGGAUGAACUCGACAAGCUUUUCGACCAAUGUUGGAAGUACAAGAGUCCAGACCACUACGAAACGUUGGCAGAUCUUGUCCUGGUUGUACAUGGGUGCAUUCUGAAAGCGGGCGUAGAUAAGAAGUACCAGACAAAAGUACUGUCUGUUCUUGAGAAGAUCAUCAAUCUGACGUGCCGACAAUCAAACCGGGACAUAACGAAGCUGGCUCGUUGGCUCCGGUGCCUGUUCAAUAUUUCACUUGAGCAUGACGAGAAAGCCAGUCUCAAGUGCAUUGAGCAAGUAACGCACAUGGCAGCGAAGCAGCAAAACACCGUCCAUUCUAUCACUGCAAAAGUUGGACUGCACACACCACCGCUAUCAUCUGACCCUGCGAAGAACGCAGACGCUGCAGACCCGGCUGAUAAUUACAUCAAGGAACUCGAGCGCUACCCCAAGCCAGAGCUCGAAUGGCUUGCAUGCACCCUCUUCAAUCGUGCCGUGGACUAUUAUUUGCAGGAGAAUGACGAUGCGACAAGAAAAUGGGCAGAUCAGGCGUUCCUUGUAGCACAGUGUAUUGACGAUGGCGGUGCGACAAGGAAUAACUUGAUGAGUCGGUUCGCAAGGCUGGAGUUUGGAGAGUAA